AUGACCCGCAAGAAGAAAAACCGCCGAACCGGUACCUCGAGCGCCGCGGGCCCCGGCAAACAGCGUCCUGGACCUAGACCCGGGCCCAUCCCUUCUAUAGAGAUCGGAAGCACGGUUUCUGGUAGGGUGAGGCCGUUGGGGAGGACUGUCGAGUUGCCGUAUAGGAUGGCGGGUGAGGUUUCGGGGUGGAGGGGGCAAUCCGGUAGUCGAGCUGGUCAGCAACACCUAGCUAGUCUGGAUACCUUUACUCGUGGUGGUCAAUUGAGUCAGAAUUGGGCUCCAGCUGCUCAGAUUGGUCAAUUCGGUCAGGGUGGUCAAUCCGGUCAUCUCAGUCAGAGUAUCCACAACCCAGCUGGCCAGCUUGGUCUGAUCGACCACAGCGCUCAAAGCAACCAAGCUGCGCAAGCUCAUACUCCGCACAACCGCGCUGCAGAGCACAAUGCGAACUCCACGAACCCGGUCCGGACCACGCACCACCCCGCAGGGAACGGACACGCUUACCGCGCAGUGAUGCAUCCGUUGAGCACCGCAACGCACAACGUGUGGGAGUGCCAGUACGUGUGCAGCGACCCGGAGCAAUGCGUCUGCUGUAGCGCAGCGCCAGUCCGGUGUGCUGCGGAGCAUGACAAGGUCAACCCCAUCCCAGCUUACGCCAUCGGGUCUCAGCCAGGACGCAGUCCAGCAUACACCAACGGCUCCCAGCCAGGACACAGUCUAUCUUACGACCCAGCCAACCCCGCGGAGCACAGCCCGGCUAACACCACCACCACACUUAACACCACAAGACCCCCGGCAGGCCGCAUUGUCGCAACUCAUCCCCAACCCCUAAACGAAGGACCAGGGCCGUGGCCUACGCAAACUGAUUUCCAGGGCUCACUUCACGAAGUCACCGCUGGAAGCACGACCCCCGAUACGACUCGGGAUUGUGUCUUUUGCGGGGGUAAUGGGCAUUCAACUGCAGAGUGUCCGGAGAGGUGGGGGAAUACGGGUUCGCGAAUACCGACUAUAUGUUGUCCGCGGAGGGAACGAACGAGGCGGAAGCGGGCUGUUGUCAAAGGUAUACGGAAGGACUUACGACGGCAGAGGGAGACGCAGAGGCAGGUGGAGGAGGAGCGGGAGAGGCUUGAGAAACUGUUGCUCGAGGAUAAGGCUCCGGACUGUGUUGUUUCUCAACCUGCUCAAGAACAGCCAGUGGAUCUGGAGGGUGUUCUGCAGCAAAUCAUUAUGGAUAUGACUUGA